UUCAAAAUGGCAGCGCCCUGUUGAUAAAAAGUUUUGGAAUAUUUAAUAUGCGCUCAGAUAAAAUCUCAAGGGACCAAUGCUAUUUAGCUUCACAGUUCUAGAAGCAAUGUAAAACGACAAAGUGAUGGCAAUACAACCCUUGGGUGUUUUAAUACAUCGUCCUUGGAUGAUACUCGUCAGGGUGUUUGCAGUGAAUAUACAUAUGGCAAUGCAUUCACGUCGACUGUUUCUGAGUGGGACCUUGUAUGUGAUAAAGCUUACCUGAAUGGCCUUGUGCAGUCUGUGUUCAUGAGCGGUGUCCUUGUAGGGGCCAUAACACUAGGCUCUCUCUCAGAUACAUAUGGGAGGCUCAAGAUCUUUUACAUCGCAAUGGGGAUACAGUUCAUCUCUGCAUUAUGCUGCUCAUUCGCUCCAACAUACACCAUGUACAUCGCCCUGAGAUUCUUCACUGGAUUCUCAAAUGGUAUGACAGUCGUCCAGUUUACCUUGCUCCUUGAGCUGGUUGGUGCUCCCUGGAGGGCCUUUUGCUGUGUUGUUGUAGCUGCCACAUUCGCCAUUGGGAUUGCAGUAUAUGCCUUGAUGGCAUAUUAUAUACGUAACUGGAGGUAUCUCUCUGUGGCUUGUGCAGUGUCUCUGGUACCUUUUAUUCACAUGUAUUGGCUUUUAUUUGAAAGUCCAAGAUGGCUCCUUAACAAGGGGAAAACCUCAGCUGCUGAAAAUAUUCUCAAACGUAUUGCAGUUAAGAAUGGCCAUUCAGACGUGACAAUUAAACUGAAGAUACCAGAACCUUCCAAGGAAAAAGGCAGGAAUAAACGUUUUUCAACUUUGCAGUUAUUUACACAUAAAAUCACACGGAAUAGGACACUUGUGCAACUAUAUGCAUGGUUUGUCAACAGUGCAGUAUAUUAUGGUUUAACUCUAAGCUCAGGAGACUUAGGAAGCAAUAUGUAUAUAAGUGUAGCACUUUCAGGCUUAGUAGAGAUUCCUGCCAACAUUGUGGCAAUAUUUCUUCUUAAUAGAAUUGGUCGUAAAUAUUCCCUGUGUGGCGCCAUGUUGCUGGGAGGUCUGUCUUGUGCAGCUAUUCUAUUCACUCCCUCUGAAUACACCAAAACUGUUGUGGGUCUGGCUAUGGCUGGGAAGCUGGCAAUCUCAGCCUCAUUUUCAAUGAUUUAUUUAUAUACCUCAGAGCUGUAUCCGACUGUGGUAAGGAAUGCUGGUCUGGGGCUUUGCUCAACAUUUGCCAGGAUAGGUGGCAUACUGGUGCCUCUAAUCAUUCCACUGGGCAACAUAUAUCCAAAUCUUCAAUUUGCGAUAUUUGGUGCGCUAUCAUUCACCUCAGGCCUGUUGAACUUUUACCUUCCUGAAACACUUGGUAAGCCUUUACCAGAGACCUUUGAAGACGUUGAUAAAGCUGCAUACAAGAUCACCACACAUGCUCUUAGUGAGGACACUGAAGGCCUACUGGCUGGGGAGGGGGAAGAUGAAAUGGAAGAAAUAACCGCAGUCUGAUCACUGACAAGACAUGAGUUUUAGCUCAUUCAUUGUGGUACACUUGACAGUUUGAGGACUGGGUAGAUAGAUGGGCAGGCAUCCCAGAAUCUCAUCUAGCACCUUAUAGUAUUAUACCCUGAGUGCAGAGUCUAGUUAAACGAGACAGAGCUCUCUUUUAAAAAGUGAAGUUGAACGAAUGCAAAG